GUGGAAGUAAAUGUUGUUAUGUUGGUCGAGUAGGUUAGUUCAGAAUCAGAGCACUUAUAUCAACUUGAGUUAUAUGCUCUGGUUAGUUGUUGUUUAUCUUAGCUUUGCAUCGUCUGGAACUAGAAAGUAACAAGUAUGUCACUUUACUACAUUGUAAUGUGGUAAAUAGGGAGCCAUAUUAUAGGCCAUGGCUCUGCCGACCCUUUCAUCAUUUUGGGCUGCCCCACUUGUGAGGCACAACGUGAACGAGAGGCUGCUUGUCCAGAGACGGGAGCAUCAAGCUAACCAGCGAGAGUGUUGGGAUAAACACCUUGGCUAUUUUCAGCGGCAUGAUAUCAUCACAGCUAAACAAAACCAAUGGCUUUCAGAUCGCUGCUAUAGGGAAAGCAUGGAAGCUUAUUCGGAUUCAAAGGAGCCAGAAAAGAAGGCACAUAAUCUGGCAGAGAGAAGGAGGAAACUAGCUUCAAUGCUGCAAGCAGACAAUGACCAAUACGAGGUUGAAAUCAAAGCUGCCAUAGAGAUGAAACAGUCUAACAAUGGGAAUGCUAAUCAGAUGAAGACUAAGGCAGACAUCCUUCGACGAAAACGAGAAGAAGAGCGAAAAAAGAUAGCAGAUGAUCGUCAGUGUGAUAUGUGGCGCAGGAACAGUCACAAUUUGCGGAGCAUGGAGUCGGAAAAACACCGGGACAGCGUGGUGCAGAGCUGGAAGGGGCAAAUCACGGAGAAGCAGGAGCAACUAGCUACAAAGCAACAGGAGGAGAAGGUUUACGAAGACGAACUCAAAAGACAAGUGGAGGAAGAUGAGAAGAAACUCAGAGCAGACUCUGCAAAGAAGAAGAAAGAGAAACUCCAGAUUAAGAAGAUCUUGGAGCAACAAAUGCGGGAACUCCGUAUAAAGGAGGAUGAGGCAGAAGAUUUGCGUAGAAAACACGAGAGAUUGCUGCAGGAUAAGUGGCAGCUGGAGCAGAUGGAAGAGGAGCGUCAAGAGUUGGACGAGAAGAGAGAAAGACUUACAUUCGGGAAGGUACUUUUACGUCAACACAAGGCAGCACUGAGGCGAAAAUCCAAACAAGUUCAAGAGGAGUUGGAGUUGGACCGUCAGAUCCUCGAAACGCUGAGCAAAGUUGACGAGGAGGAAACGGAGAGGAAGCAAGCAAUGAGGAGGGAAGCCGAGAUAGAUGCAUCGUGGAUGCAGAAGGUAGUUGAGGAUCAGCUUGAGUUGGAGAGACAGCGCGAAGAAGAGUUGGACAUCUUAUACGAGCAGGAAGCGGCGCACAUGUGGGACAAGAGAGAGGCAGAGUGGGCGAAGGAGAGCCAAGCGAGGAAGCUGCUGAUGUGCGAUGUUCUGCUUGGGAGGGCCGAGCAGAUACGGGAGCGCAUGCAGAUCAACCAGCAGCUCCAACAGGUGGCAGCACUGAGGCAGGAAGAACUGGUCAGAGAGAUGCAUGAGUCAGAGAAUGAUUCGCGAAAAAUCACGGAACUUGAACAGAAAAAGAAGGAGAGACAGCGGGCGCUUUUAGAUGACCAGCAAAAGGAAAACGAGCAGGUGAGACGUCGAAGCCAGCUUAUGAGUGCGAAGCUGGAGGAGGCUGCGAAGAAGAGGGAGGAUGAGGAUGCUCAGCUUCUUCAGUGGGAAGAGGAUCGGUUCAAUGCGUCUAAUUAUCAGCCCAAGUGCUACCGGCGGCGAAAGAUGGCCUGGACGUGACGGACAACGUUCGCUGGACAGCAACUGACCUUCCGCGACGGAGGAGAGGCGGUCUCGACGACUCCCUACCGGUCACUCUUGUCCUCGCGUGCAAGCCGCCCUGUCAGGGGGACGGAUGACCACCGCAGCUGUGCUGAUCGAGCUGUGAGCGUGGACGUGGCGCGACGCUGGAGAGUUGAUGCACUGCUGGAGCGAGAAGAUAACGAGAGGAAGAGGCAGCGGAUGAUCACAAGGGGAGAGGAGGAGGAGGAGGAGGAGGAGGAGGAGAGAAUGGGGAAGCAGAGAAUAAGGAUGUGUCCGGGCGAGGAAAGAGAAGGGGGGAAACAAGGGA